CGAUCGCCGAGCUGCCGAGCGCCCUUCACUGGGUGUCACGUGACCCAGCCUCACCUUCCUCUAGCCGGCGUUGAUGCCCUGUGUGUUACCCGCGCUGCCUGUGAGAGCUAUUGCCGUGUGUUACCCGCGGUGACAGCCAGGCUAAGCGGGCUGCUUUAACACCCUGCAGCCUCCCAGCUCCCGCAGCCAACCAGCGAGCACUACUGGCGCGCUCGUGACGUCACGGAACCUCUGUCCAAUAGGAUCGCGAGUUGGGCUGAGUUGCUGUUUUUGAAUUGCUGUCCCUGGUAUCGCUCCCGCAGGCAUGGCGAAGCGCAGACUGGGAGAAGACCGGCGGCGGCUGCGGCGGGACAGGCACAGCGAGGUAACCUGGCAUCGCCAAUAUUAUCCAUCCCAUCAGUGGGGGCAGCACCGGGGCUAAUAGCGGGCCAUAGUACACCGACAGCCUGAUAGCAUAGAGCGGACCAGAGCUCCUUAUAGCGGGGGGGGGGAGAGUUAUCAUUGUGUCAAUCUGUAUGUUACAAGCUGAACUGACUCUUCUGUGGAAGUCCAAUCCUUACUAUGUAUUAAAGUUAUUUUUGGCACCACAUCAAAGCUAAAGCUUCCUGACUGAUUCCUCUUCUGCAACUGUCACUAGUCUAAUACUAUCCUUACCUUUAGUGUCAUUUUACCCCACUCCCUCUACCGUGUAAGCUCAUUGAGCAGGGCCCUCAACCCCUCUGUUCCUGUGUGUCCAACUUGUCUGGUUACAACUACAUGUCUGUUCGUCCACCCAUUGUAAAGCUGCGGAAUUUGACGGCGCUAUAUAAAUAAUAAAUUAGACGUGUAGUGCAUGUGCAGCUGGAAGACUUUGCGACAUCACCAGUGAUGCAGAUCCCAGCUGUGAAUGUGUAUAUUCGCAAUGUGACUUUCUCACUAGUCACGGGGGACAACAAGCAGUUAGAGAAAAAUGUACGUUCUUUAAACAAACUAUGCUUGUGUGGUGUAUAUAGAUUUAAAGAAACACAAUAGGCACCCAGACCAAUUCAGCUCAUUGAAGUGGUCCAGGUGCAAUGCCUCUUUCCCACUUAGUCCUGCAAUAUAAAACAUGUCUACCAAACUGCCACUAGAGGCACUUUCAGGAUUUUACUGGAUUUUAGGUUGCCUAAUUGCUGGAUGUCCUCACACUCUGCAUAAGGACAUCUAGCGUCAGUAACAUCCUCAUAGGAAAUAAUUGAUUCAGUGCGCAUUAGAUCUCCCUGUUGGAGGUGGCGGAGCACCAACCCAUCAUUGAUGGACAUCGGUGCUGGAAUUGGAUGAGUAAAUAAUGUUUUUUUCAGCCCUUUUACAUGACGGGGGCUGCAAGGAAGGUGGGGACCAGAGGGCACUAUAGUGUUAGUAAUACAACUUUGUGUUCUCAACACUAUAGAAUUUCUUUAAAUGAAAGCCGAAUACAAGGGUUGAAUGGUGUAAUGCAAUGCAUGCCCUCUCGAUGGCGAAGGAUAGUAAAGUGCUUUGCAGGUUGCAUGGUAUGAACUGGGUUAAUGUAGUGACAUUGCAGACUUUCUGUUUGGAAGUUAAAUGGUUUGUGGGGUGAUGUGUUGUAGGCAGUCUGGAAAGUAUAGGGUUACUGGAGUGACACUCUUGGAUUGUGAACUCUAAGCUGUAGUAGAGAUGUAACAUUUCCAGAAAUAUUGAAGCCAUGAAAAAAAGCAGAUAAUUUUCCAGAAUUUUUUUUUUUUUCUGAGGGAAAAAAAGUGGCAUACUCUUACAAAUUGUAAGUAUAUAUAUAUAUAUAUAUAUAUAUAUAUAUAUAUAUAUAUAUAUAUAUAUAUAUAUAUAUUUAUAUAUAUUUUUUUUUUUUUUAACCCUGCAAGUGAAAACAUUGUAGUUUUGCAUAACUGCCCAUGCGCACUAGCCUCCCGAUGCUUUCUCAUGGGGGAAAAAAAGGUGAAAAGAAGGCAGCAUUGAAUUCCUCUCAAACCCUUCAAUAUAUCUGUGGAAGAAACAAAGAUCUUUGUUUCACAUGGGAAAGCAUUGGAUUGGCUGAGAUCACCUAUCUCUAUAAUCUCAGCCAAGGAGGCGGGACGGCAAUGCGGAGACUGGCUAUGCAAGUGAGAAAUACGGCUUUCAGUCACGGCGCCAUGCAAAUACUCACCUCUGAAAGAGCGAUUACAUGGCAAGCAUAGCUGCCAGCAGGGGAACUGCAUGGGCUGUCAGUCCGUCCCCCUAAUGGUCAGAGGAGGAAAACAUAAUGUUAAUGCAGCAAUCAGAACAAAAAUAAAUACAUAUAAUCCAUAAUAAGUGUGUGUGUGUGUAUGUGUAUAUAUAUGCCGUUGUACUUGGGAGACUUAAAGGACCACUAUAGGCACCCAGACCACUUCAGCUUAAUUAAGUGGUGUGGGUGCCAGGUCCAUCUAGGGUUAACCCUGCAGCUGUAAACAUAGCAGUUUCAGAGAAACUGAUAUGUUUACAUAUGGGUUAAUCCAGCCUCUAGUGGCUGUCUCAUUGACAACCGCUAGAGGCGCUUCUCACUGAUUUUCACAGUGAGAAGACGCCAGCGUCCAUAGGAAAGCAUUGAGUAAUGCUUUCCUAUGGACUGAAUGCACGCGCGGCUCUUGCGGCGGAUGACGUCGGAAGAGGGAGGAGGUAAGUGAUUAACCCCUUCCUCCCCUUUCAGCCCGGCGGGAUAAAAACCUGCACAUGAUGAGUACUGUUAUACUCGUGAGACAUUACUCUACACAGAUAUGAGCGUUUUAGAGCAGUAAAAUGUAUGUUACUGAUGAUAUCGGUAAAAGGGCAGUUUAUUUCUGAAAACUGCAAAAAAAAAACACAAAUAUAAACGCUCACUAUUGCCAGGGUUUGUGACUAAUUGGCUCACGAACUAUGAUCAGGGUUUGUGACUAAGUGGCUACUAAAAAGAUAGGACAUAUACCCAGGGACGUACUAGUUGCGAGGCAAACAAGGCAUUUGCCUUGGGCGGCAUUUUCCAGGGGGCGACAACAAAAAGCCGCCCCCAAAUGCCCAGGGCAAAUGUCUUGUUCUUCUGAACAAAAUGAUAUGUGUGGGUACACUUAAUAUGAAAGAGGUGAAUUCUGUUUGAACAUGUAGCGCAAAUUCCAGGUUUUGUUUAUUUUGAUUAAAACGUGUACAAUUGCCUCCGUCCUUAAGGGGUUAAAAGCUUUAUAUUGGCUUUGUUACUGACUUUCUUAACUUUUGUUUAUCUUUUCUUUUGAUAUUUAAUUUUUUUUUUUUUUUAGUCAUGCCUCUGUUACACAAUUAACUUUCUUUUUUUUUUCUUUUUUUUUGUACACUAGGAUUUUGAUAGGAAUCCUCGUUCUGAUUUGAACUCUCCCUUUCAAGCAAAUUUUAAUCUAGUGGAUUCUCUAGACCGAAAUGAAAAGAUUUUUCAAAAGAAGAUGAACGUGAUUUUUGAAAAGGUAGAUCUGUGCAUUUUCUGUUAAUUUUAUAUGCAUCUAAUUUACAAUAUUUUAUUUUCAUGCGUUAUGGUUUGAAACACUUUUUAAUUAAAUAAUAUAACGUUUCGUUUUAUUUGAAAAAGAAAAAAGUAUUUUCUCAUGGCCAAAUUGAUAUUGCUUAAAAGAGAACUCCAAGCACAAAAACCACUACACAGGGAUGUGGAAUUUAUAUCCCAUAAUGCUUGAGACAUUUGGUAUGGACUUCUAGCAGAGGACAGUAUUUUGGGCAGGGAGGGUGAUCUCUAAAUUUGCAGACUUAUGUAAAUGCUAAAUUCACAGUUUCGGCACUCUUUAGUGAGUAAGAGCACAUUGCAGACUCCCAUGCACUCUGGGUCAGUGAGUGCCGGUACCGCAAAGAGCAAUCUGACCCCGAUUUGACAUGAGGGUUAGUGAGAGUAAGAGAUCCAGCACAGUGGUUAUGGCACUCAUGCCACCAUAACCAUUAUAUCACUUCGUAGUGGUUAUGAUGCUUGAAGUGUUCCUUUUAAUAAUCACCUAAUUAGGCCCUUCAGAACUUUCAACUCCAGGCCCAUGAGGCUCUUAACCCCGUCCUGUGUAAAAUAGUAGUUAUUAACUCCGUUAUGAGUGUACUAUUUUUGUACUUUUCUUCGGUGAAAUACUCUGUUUGCAUUCAUGUUCAGAGAUUUAUUUUUUUCUUAAUACAGUACAACAAGCCAUUUGAAGAAGACAUUCUUUUAACUUUAGAAGAUCUGUCUUGUGUUAAUGAAAACGGUAAGAAUACUUUGGUGGUACAUAUAGGUUCAGUGACAUAUCUGGGCAUGCCUGGGAUUUACACAAUGCUGUUUUAUACAGAUAAUUGAUGAUAAUGCCUCUGAAGAUAGGAAACACACCAGAUGAGCCAUUUGGCUUUAAUGUUAUAUAAAUGUCUAUUUGUGCUGCACAUAUGGGAAAUGUUUAACCAGAUUAUUAUUGUGAAAAAAUAUGUAACUUUAUAGAACUGGGUAGCUUGAAAGGCAUACUCCAGACUUUAGUUGAACUCUCAUGUAGAGUAUGUGGUUUGUGUGCAGGACUGUCAAGAAUGCUUGCUGAAUGCAACCAGCUGAACUCCCACACGAAUUGCCCUGAGCAGUACCAAUGGAGACAGAUCUCACAUUUCCCAUUAAAUAACAGAGACAGAAGAAAGACAGGCAAAAUGGUGGGGCUGAGAAAGUGACAUAACUGAUACAUUGAAGAGUGAAAGUGCGAUGGAGGGGCACGGUAGUUAGGUCUGAGAUAAUAUGGGCAGAAAGAAGACAAGCUCACAGGUUAUCUCUGUAUAAAAAUAAGAGCUAUGUUAUAGCAAUUGAUAGUACCUGUCUUUAUUUUUUAUUUUUUUUUUUGUUAUUUUAUUAAGGAGCUACACAACAUGUUGAUGACAUGGUCUUCUUUACAUUGAUAUACAAAUCAUCUGUACAUUAUGCUGACAAAACAGCUUGUAGAAGAGGUCUGCUUCCUCCAAAAUGGCAUCUGAAAUAAAUGUGGGAAAUGCACUUAACUAAAAUGUUAUGUUAUGGCCCUCCUUUAAAGCCUAGGGAAUAGUGUGUGGGCUGGAAUAUAUGUGCAUGAAUUGAAAACUGUAUUUAUUGAUUUCUGAUGUAGGGACAUGGAAUGUCAAUUCUAAAUAUGGAAAAAAGAAUACAAUUCCCCAAAGAGAUGUACAGAAUAAGGUCUGUUAUCCUCAUUUAUUUAUUUUUAAAUAAACCUAUUUUCUUUUUUUUUCUCUCUCACAAAUGAAUAUUAUUUUAUGCUUUUAAGGCCUCAGUAAUUCUACUUCUACACAUUUCAUUCAGUAUAUUUUGUAUAGGAACUUUGGGAGGAAAUUGUUCUCUAUACACAUAAGAGAGACACUGACUGUAAAGCCUCCGUGUCUUUCUGUUGGUUGCUUCUGUUUCAGAAGUUCCAAUUUAUUUUGCACUAUACACUUUAGAUAGAUGGAUACACAAAAGCUCAUUUAAGUAGCUUAACGAUGAUGUACCAUCUGCAUUUAAGUUCUUAUGUGUAAUUCAUAUUUAAUGGUUUAAAGGGUUACUCCAGCCUCCAUGACCACCUCUGCUUCCAGAAAUUUUUUUUUUUGUGCCAGGGGCUAGUUACCCCUGGCAUACAUGAUAUAGGCCUGUGGAGUCUAAUUCAGUGAAAAAAUUGUGUGUUGCCAGCACACAGUGUGCUGGUGACAAACAUAGUCCACUUCUAAAUGGAAGCCUAGAUUUCCUCUCCCUCCCUUGAUGCGCUCCUUCCCCACUUCCCUUCAGUUAUUUAUUUAUUUGGAUUGAAGCAUUUGACAAGACCAAGGUCUGGAAAGGAAUGAUGCAGUGUGACCUAGGAUGUUUUUUGAGAACCUCGUCCAGCGCUGUAUUUUAUCAUUUAUAGUACAGUUUGUUUGUUUUUUACUUGAAAAAGGGGAGUGGACACUCUUAGUGCCCAAUAUGGAAGUUAUAAAAUAAAUAUUUACAUCUUAAAAGAACAUUUUGUCCUAUGUUUUAAAAAGAAGUCGAUCAUAAAUGAAAAAAAUAACAGAUUUUGAAAGAGGAAUAGAAGAGGAAACAGUAGGUGAAAGAUACGUUUGAGGUGGCAGUGCCACUUUUAAGAGACUGUAGUUAAAAAUAAACAGUGUAGAGCUAUUAGGACAACCUUUUUAACAAGUUUAAUGAUGAUAUAAUGAUAUGAUACUGCUACGUGUUGUGAGAAUAAAGGAUUAUAGAUGUGGAUUGUUGUUCUGCUGUAAGUGUAGGGAUAUGUGUGUGUAGAGCAGACAUACACAACUUGCGGGCUGCCAAAGGAUUUCAGGUGGACUGUGAGGAACUACCACUGGUGCAGCCACUGUGCUGCACCAAGGCCCGCUCAAUUAGGUGGUCCAUCAAGUGGCACAUGCACUUAGGCCCACCUGGAUGGCAUGUCGGCAGCCAGCUGGGAGGAAGUGCCACGAGUCACUUCCUUACAGAGCCGCGUGAGAGGAGGGGGCCAGGCCGGGAGAGCCAGGAGCUGGCUAAGGGGAGCUCAGAGGAGAAGGCAGUAAAGGAUGGGGUGCAGCCUGCAAGAGCCAGCCCCUAACUCCUGACAUCCUGAGCCUGCAGAUUGGACACAAAGGAAGCCACCCUCCAGCACCCAAAAGGUAGGAUCCUGGAAGGUGGCUAUAGAAGUGUAUAUUUUGGCCUGCAUGAGUGUGUGUGUGUGUGUGUCUGUCUGUAUAUCUGUAUGUCUGUCAGUGUGCGUGUGAUGGGCACUAAAAACCUAUUUGUGGCCCGAAGAAGCUAAGCUUCUAUUUAAAUCUGGCCCCUACCUAUUACCAAGGUGUGCAGGUCUGGUGUAGAGCACCUCUGCAGGGUCAGAUUAACACAUGGAGCUAAUUGAACUGAAGCUCCAGUCCAAUGCCCAUUGAAUAGGUUCAAUGAUAAUUAAAAUAAAUAAAUUGCACAUACCUUCAAAAAGCAACUCGUUUCUUCCCAUGUCUCUAGCCUAACACUGUUUAAUGUAAUUUUAUCAUACUCGAUACCCUUUCCCUUCAUAUGUUACUUUUCUAUAUUUAAAAUUUCUUAUAUUCCCCACUUUGCUUACUGUGUAAGACUUAUCCAUCCCUGACUACCACAGUUAAAAGGAAACUAUAUAGUGACCAAAAGUCGUCUAAGAAAAUCCAUCUAGUGGCUGUCUAGUAGAAAGCCAACAGAGAAGGAGUUAACCCUAGCAGGUAAUUAUUGCAGUUUAUAAAAUCUGCAAUAGUUGCAUGUUAAGGGUGAUGGGAGUUGGCACUCAGACCACUUCAGUGGACUGAAGUGGUCUGGGUGCCUACAGUCUCUCUUUAAUGUAAUCUUGCCCAAGCAAAUGGUUUAACAGUUUACUUUUAUCUGUAGUCUAAGGCAAAGCAACUUCUGUUUUCUUAUGGUGCACUAUAGGCAUUGUUCAGUCAUCUGCAUGUGUUCAGCCUUUGCAAACUCUAACUUUAUGUAGUGUUAAGGUACAAAUUCUUUGUUUUGUGUUCAUGUGUCCCAGGCACAGAAGCUUAAAGAGAAUAACAACCUGAGUAUUGUGGGAACAGUUGUCCAUGGUAAGAAAGAGUUUUAUAUAUCUGUAUUUGGCAGUACGGUUAGUUUUGCAGAGUAUCGUGUUGAUGCUUGAAGAUAUGUUCUAUUUAAGUUAUAUUAUAAUCCAAAGGCAUUAGUUAUGUAAUAUGCCCUCCAAGUCUAUGUACACAUAAUGAAACCCCUUUCAUUUAAGCUCUUCUCCAAAUAUGAGUGAUUAACCCAUUGCGUUGGAGCGAAUUAACCCAUUGCAGAGAGCGAAGCAGGCUGCUCUUACAAGAGCAAUCGUUGUGAUACAAAGGAGUAUAGUGAUUAUAGCAAUCCCCAGAGUGAAUAUAACUCUCCAAUUCCCCAAACACGAGCCAAAACUUCAUGAAGGGGUAAACUGUUCUGUUUAAUGGCAGCCACAACUGGCCUUUUUAUGACAGUCCCCAUGCAAGGGGCAUUCCUCCCUGGACCCGAGAGUAGACUACAGUAAAAACAUACACACAGUUGCAUUGGCUCUUAGGUCUAGGACACUCCCAUACAAAGCAAUCCUUCCCCUAUGCCUGGGAGAUAAUUGAGUCAGAAACUGAUCUAACUCCACCUCAUGUAUUCCUGGAUUGUUAAUAUAUUCUCAUGUGUUACCAUUAUACAUGUAGUUUGCCACUGUAAUUUUCUGUGCAAUAUUUCAUUUAGACAGUUAUUAAUAUUUUGGGUGAUAGAAUUUGGUUGCUAAAUUUUUCAGUAGUAUAUAACACAUGGCUACUCUACCUCUCACUCUCCUUUUCUCCUCCCCAGUUGUAAAUACCUUCAUUUGACUGCUCUAUCUCAUUCUCUGUUCUUCAGGCCUCACUCCACACUCAACUCAGUGAAAGACUGCAUUUUUUUUUCUCCCCACUUCCCAGCCUCCCGCCCACCCAGGCACCCCCUAAAUAUAUAGCAUGCCUCUCCAGCUGUUUGAGAUUUUCACUCAAUUACCUCUUCAUUCCCUUUGUAUUUUACCAAUAGCUGCUUCUCUAUUAACUCUUUCAGCCAUCACCUCCAAACUCCCCCUGCUACCUCUUGUCUCAAAUCCCCAUGUAUCCUUUAGAUUGUAAGCUCACAGGCCAUCUAGCCAAGCACUUUGUAUAAAAGAGCUCCAAUGGCUAGAUAUCAGCUUACGGGCAGGGUUGUCUCUACCUCUUGUAUUUGUCUGUGUAUAUUGUAUGUUUCUCCACUAAUUGUACAGCGUUGCGGAAUCUGUUGGUGCUUUAUAAAUAGCAGUAUAAUAAUAAAUAUAAAUAAAUCUCCAGGCACAAAAAAACACAACUUUUAACAACACCCCAAAAGUACCCCCACACCCAUGGAAACCCCACAAAAGUUACAUCCCCUGAUCUGGGUGACCAACAUAUCCAAAAAUCACCCAGAUCGGUUCAAGGGUUCAGGAUUUCCAUGGAAGUCAUAAUUUUGAACGACCGUGCACAUGGUCCUAUGCCCAAAACAGUUCCAGGGAUUCAGGGCUAACGGUCGGUCUCUCUGUAUGGAGUACAAAAGUACAUAACUCACAUGAACAGAGCCUUUUAAAGUGCAUUGGGCAAGGUAUAUUGCAGGGCCCAUAGUCCUGAGGCAAGAGGCUGGCCAGCAGGCCCCCCCCCAAGAACCCGUGACGAGGUUCAGUUCGUCACACAUGUGUACUAUACUUGUCUUCUACUUGCAGUCAACACAUUUCCCACCAGAAUGAAAGACUGACCAUAUUAACCCUUUGGGAUUUAAGAAAACCAAACCUGCACAGUAGACAUUAAUUACCCUAUUUCUCAUGACACACUGUGCAGUAAACUUCAUUAUCAGAAACCUAGUGUAUAGAUAAUUUUAAUCCGUGUGAAAAUGUAAAGGGUAUUCGCUUGGUGACAUUUUCGUCAUUUUUAAUUUUGCCAUGGUGAGCUGUUCAACACUUAAUCCGGCAUUAGACUCUUACAAAUGUUAAAUGGUUUCAUUUGCACUAUGGAAGUCAAAGCUGCUACAGUAAGUAAUUUAUUGUGGUACCCAUUAAAGGGACACUAUAGUCACCAGAACAACUACAGCUUAAUGCAUUUAUUUUGGUGAGUAUAAUCAUUCCCUGCAGACUUUUUUUGCUGUAAAGACUGCAAAGAAAGUGCAGUGUUUACAUUACAGCCUAGUAAUAACUCCACUGGCCACUACUCCGAUGGCUGCUAGAUGUGCUUCCUGGGGCAGUGCUGCACAGUGAGCAGCACUGCCAUUCAGUGUCCCCACCCUCUGCAUGCAGACACUGAACAUUCCUCAUAGAGAUGCAUUGAUUCAAUUCCUCUCUAUGAGAAGAUGUUGGUUGGCCAGGGCUGUGUCUGGCUUCUGCUGGCUCUGACCCUGAUCUGCCUUCUUGACAGUCUCAGCUAAUCCUAUGGGGAAGCUUUGUGAUUGGUUCAGACCACCACUUCUGAUGUCAGCAGACAGCAGAAAGGUCAGAGGCAGACCAGAGCAGCAGCUGCAGACCUGAAUGCAAGUAAGAUUUUACUAUAUUUAGGGAGGCAGGGGGGGCUGGAUGGUGGGUUUAACACUAUAGGGUUAGGAAUACAUGUUUGUGUUCCUUACCCUAUAGUGCUCCUUUAAUGACUCGCUCAAAUAGCUUGAUAUUGAACCACUGUUUAAAUGCAUAGUAUUCUCAAUGAGAAGCCUCUGGUUAUUUUCCUGUGAAGAGACUGCAAGUCUCUUUCGGGGAAAAAAAGGGGAGGGCUUGCUAAGGCUGUAGUUCAUAAGAACUGCAGCCUUUGCAAGCUUUUAGGAUAUUCCCCCAAUGAAAAUUAAUGCAUGUAUUCAUUGAGGGGUAUAUCUACUAAACUGUUUUUUCAUUUUGUAAGUGUAGUGAUCCUUUUAAGAUUUUCUGCAAAAAGAACAUGACCUGGUAGUUAGCUGUUUUUUGUUUUUGUUUCUGGUUUCCUAGGCGAUAGUGAAUGCUAUAUGGAUACUACUGUUGACAUCCCAUUGAAAUAUUCUAAGGUAACCACUGAUUUGAUACAAAUAAUAUAUUAGAAUAUGAUGAAUGAUGAUUUCAUAGUAAACUACAAAUUCAAGUUGUUUGUGUACUAUAAUUAACAUUUAAAGUGAACAAAACAUUGAAAAUCACCUUUUCCUUGCAAUGUUUUGCAUUCUAUUAUGUGUCCAGGCAUGUUAUGCUCUGUUUUGGGCUGCUUAAUUUUAAAUAUGUGCAAAAAUGAUGUCUGUUGGGGAAAGAUACAAUGGGCUUCUACCCUUGCUCCCUCUCUUUUAGGUCCUUUCAACAGUCCCUGCCUCUUUACAUUUCUUAAUUUGUGUCUGCACAUAGGUUUACAUCUUAUAUUACAGGUUUAUAAUGAAGAGGGGGCAUAUCACUAAUUCUAAAUUUUAAAAAAAAAGCAUUUGAAAGGGUGGAGUAACCCUUUAAACCACAAAUAACAAUUUAGUUAUAUGAAGUGGUAAUUGUGUCUACAGUGUCCUUCUUUUUUUUUUUUUUUUUUAAUAAAGAUCCUGGAAAGUGAUGGUUCUUUUUCAAAACAAAUUUCACAAAACACCUUAUACUCUCCUCCCAGUCGUAUCAAUCUCUAAUACACUAAAGUUAGAAGGGCUGCUACCGUAAAAAAAUUUUUGUGGGUAACUGCUCCAUCUCACUGAAGUGGUCAUAGUGUCUGCUGUCACAUGGUGCUGUCCUUCCAUUCAGCAUUACAUUGUUUGUUUGUAAUGUUUUAGUCCCCAGCAACCAAUCCCCCAUGUGCUGUUUAAGCUAGUGAGUAAGCAUUAUCAGUGUGGCAAAGAGUGUCGGCUGACCCCGUUGAGCUUAACACAAGGCCAUUGCAGGUAUGAGUUGGUAGGGCUACAUGAAAGUAUGUAAUAACUUCCUUAGCCAUACCUCUAGUGAGGCGGGGCUCUGGGAAUCCAGGUACCCUUUUUCAAUGUUUAAACAUGGUUUAACACCGAAAGAAGGGAUAUUGCCUGGGAACCCCAGAUAUUAUAACCAAUCCAAUGAGAUGAACUAGUUAACUAGAAAAUAUAAUGAGAUGAACUAGUGAACUAGAAAAAUAUAAAGGCAAUAUUUUCAUUUCAGAUCUGUUCAGUUAUUCCCUAUGCUUUAUCUUUGUGCAACAUUCCAUUCCUUCAUUUUCUAGAUAGGUUUUGCCGGAUUAAAAACCUAUCACCCACUGACAUAUUUACAUAUUGAAGGUUUUCCUAAAUAAACUGAGACCUAGUCAAGGUAUGUAGUAGACAUAGUAGUAUGUAUAUGAAGUCAAAGCUUCAGUGGACAAUGCAUAUGGCUUAUACAAAAAAAAAAAAAAAAAGGUUACAGCACGUAUGAUCAUUAACAGGCUUAUUUGGAAUAACACAAAAAAUCUACAUAUAUUUUCUCCAAAACAAAGAAAAGUCAACAAAUAACUUGAUAUUGGAUUAUAAAUUGUUAUAUCAGUUGUUGGUUCAUGUGCAUUCAUAUAUUUUUUUUUCUUUGAUAAUUUACAGAAUACAUUAGAAUACAAUCAUGAUCCAACUUACACAAAUGACAUAAAAAAAGUUAAUCUUUGUUUCCUCAGAAUGUGUUCAGAAUGUGGUAAACUUGGUGCUAUUCAAUAAUGAAAUACAACUAUGCACACAAGCCAUAAACACUUGAUAGCAACAUUUGAUGUAGUGCCAAACUUCCUUUGUUAAACCCCUUAUUAUUGGAAUGUUUAUUUUUUCUUUGCUUAUAAUUGUCUUGUGCUGACUGGGAGCUAUGUGCUUAUUGUUCAUUUAAAUGCAGUCUAUUUACUUUUAGGUGCUAAAUGCCAACUGCAAUGAAACUUAUAUCCUAUCUGGUAAGUAUAUGACUCAAUAUUGAGUUUCAAGAAAUUAAACAAAUUUACAUAAAAAUAAAAAUGUAUCUGCUAUUAAUUUGUACUUUUUGUCAUUCCAUUAACUCUAGAUGACGAGAAUGAUAAGUCUAUUGAACUUCAUUCUGAAGAAGAAACUAAUGGUCCGUUGGAUGUAAAAAAGGUAAAUAUGAUUUAAAUAAUAGUAUGCACUGGAUUGAAGCAACAAACAGAAAGUGAUCACAAACAAUAGGCAGAGGCCUGUGUUACCAUGGUUCUAUAAAGAAAAAAAUGUUUUCACUAAUAUUGGUUCUGCUACCCAUCUCACUAUGGCUCCAACAGUGAAUAUGACAAUGGAUGCAAAAAAACAAGUGCCAUCCUACCACUCAAUUUGAACAAAAUUACACAUGUAAAUUACACAUAAAGCGCACCAAGUGCAAUACAUAAGAGGUAUAAUGUGGUUUUAUCACUGUGUAAAAAUUGAUUUCUUUUGUGCACUUUGCACACUUUAUCAGUGUACAUAUCCAGUAUUUAGCCAGUGGGCAGGUUGUAAAAUAUAAAUUCAAAGAAAAGGCUCUGCCAGCCUCUUGCAUUUUAGGAUGGAACAAGAAAUGUGGUCCUUCUCAACUCACUAUGGGCAGCAGGAUGAGGGUUAAUAGCACAGGUGGCUAGCACUCUUAUUUACCCUUACACCACCUGUGUAUUUAUUUACUGUUUAUCUAUAUGCUCUUUGUGCUGUGCACUGUUUGAUAGCUGACAAUAAUUGCAAAAUAUUACUUUUUUUCUAAUUAAUUUUGGUUUAUAGUAGCUUCUAUUUGAUUAAAUUCAGCACUGAUCCCCUGCAAAUUUGUAAACAGAUUUUAGCAUUUGGUUCUGAAUUACAGUUUUUGGAAACAUUUAGGGAGGCUAAAAUGCAAGGUCUAUCAGCUCUAAUUUUGCUAAUAUCAGAAACUGAUACAUUUUGUGACUAAAUCCAAGGUUUGUGGCUUCCAAUCACGCUGGAUUGCCUUCAUCACUUUUUUUUCCUGGUUUUGGUUAGGCUACAUACAUACUUUAAUGAAUAAUCCUAUUAGUAUAUUAUAGGUACAUGUAUUUAUAUGUCAGAAUUUAAUUUGGUUUGCAUCUAAAUACUAAUAUAUUUCAUGUUUUCCCUAUUUUCCGAUAUCAUCUGGAGAAAAAUGUGUGAAAAUACGUUUUGACGACUGUUUAAAUUUUUUAAUUUUAUUUUUUAGUUUAUUUAAAACACAUCCUGCUACUAUAUCCUUCUCAAUCCACAUAUCUUUUUUUUUUUUUUUUUUUCUCCAUAGAGUCUUAUACCAUUAGUGCAUCUUUCAGACACAAGAUGCGGCAAAAUGUAUGUUGCAGAUACUGAUAUGCUUCUUGAUUUGGAUGAAAGUGUGUCAUCUUCAAAGAUUAUUGUAAGUAUGGCGGCUUCUCUGUCAACAUUCCAAAGAUUGGUCUAUUAAGGAUUAAGCAGGAUUUUUAGAUUUAUUUUAGUUUUUACAAUUUAUUGUAUUUUUCUAAAAUACAGUUGUGUUUAAAAGAUUGUAUACCCUUGGAGAAUUGGUAAUAUAUGUACCAUUUUUAAAGAAAACAUUAGUGAGCAGACAAAACACAUUUCUUUUAUUUCUUAUGGGAUUCAAAUUCAACUGUAGAUUAUAACCGAAUAGCACAAUCCUAAAACAAAACAUGGCAACAAAGAAAUGAUUAAAUUGUGAUUUAAAAAGAGUCAAACAACUAUGUGAUAAAUGGCUUCAUAUGAUCACUAUCCUUCAGUAAAAGAAAUUUUUUUUUAAAACUGAUCUGUCAUAUAUUUUCAAAAUCAAUGCUAAAAAGGGUAUGUAAACUUUUGAGCACAUUUGUAUAUUAAGGCUUUUGAUUUAUAGGUUUAUUUACCACCAAGUAUUAAAGGGACACUAUAGUUACCUGAACAACUUUAGCUUAAUGAAGCAGUUUUGGUGUAUAGAACAUGCCCGUGCAGCCUCACUGCUCAAUCCCCUGCCAUUUAGGAGUUAAAUCCCUUUGUUUAUGAACCCUAGUCACACCUCCCUGUAUGUGACUUGCACAGCCUUCCAUAAACACUUCCUGUAAAGAGAGCCCUAAUGCUUUAUUUCUUUAUUAAGUUCUGUUUAAUUAAGAUUUUCUUAUCCCCUGCUAUGUUAAUAGCUUGCUAGACCCUGCAAGAGCCUCCUGUAUGUGAUUAAAGUUCAAUUUAGAGAUUGAGAUACAAUUAUUUAAGGUAAAUUACAUCUGUUUGAAAGUGAAAUCAGUUUUUUUUUUUUUUAUGCAGGCUCUGUCAAUCAUAGCCAGGGGAGGUGUGGCUAGGGCUGCAUAAACAGAAACAAAGUGAUUAAACUCCUAAAUGACAGUGAAAUUGCAGGGGAAUGAUCUAUACACUAAAACUGCUUUAUUUAUCUAAAGUAAUUUAGGUGACUAUAGUGUUCCUUUAAUUGUAAAGUAAAUCUUUCACCAAAAAGGUGAAAAUGGAUCAUCUUGAAGAGACUAAUAACUGUAGUAUAACUUUAUGCAGGGACAAUUUAUUUAUUUUGCAUGUAUGUUGCUAAACCACUGUAACAAUAUUGUAUUCUAGAUUAAACGCAAAGAAGGCAGAAGUUUUUCAGUGAAAUAUUCUCCAAUGAAGAUUAGAAGAGAUACAAAUGUCGAAGGUAGUAAAAUAAAAUUUUUCAAUUUUUUUUUUUUUUAGAUUAUAUACUUAUUGUAUUAAUUUUACAAUUCACUUGUCAGCGGUUGCUCAUGGAAUUAUGACCUCUGGUGGGCGGUGGGUUGUUUGAUUGUUUAUUUUUUCUUAUGUGUUUAAUUGAAGGAAUUUUUCGCUCUCAUCCUGUACUAUGUAUUAUUGGAUGUCUAAAUAUUACAUUUAUUAUUUUUUUUAUUUUUUUUUUAAAUCUUCAAUUUAGUAAUUGAAUUUUUUAAUUCUGUUUACAUUUUAGGCAGUAGAAGAGAGAUUUGUCAGAAAUAUAUGGGAAACGACUACUGCAGGAGCCUUGAUAAGUCUACUUUAGAAGAGUCCUUUUUCAUGCAAGUGAAAAGGUUUAUUGGCCGGCACAAUAAUGCCAGUAUUUUAAAUGGUACGCUUUCAUUUCAGGAGAAGAAUGGAUGUGAAACAAUAGAUGAAUUUGCAGAUGAUGAUGCACUGAACUCCUCUGACUUGGGCAAUGUAAGUCUUGCUGACUAUUACCCAAAUAUGAUUGAGUGUCUCAGCAGACUAAUGGACUUCCCAAGGAAAGAAAUGGCUGCUGCAAAUAUAAUUCGAUAUUAUAGACAUCAUUUUUGGUUUGCUAAUAAACACAAACUGGAUAUCACAAAGGCAAAAAGAACAAUGUUUAGAGCCAGGAAUCUAAAGCUGAUGAUUGGAUCAAAUCCUAAAGAUACUCCAUACACUAGUUACGCCAAAACUAGUAGUAUAGGCCCCAUGAUCAUGGAUGACUUCAGUAAAUAUGGCGUCAUUGAAUACAGGAAACCGAAUGUUUCCACUAGAUAUCUAGAUGGAACAAAAAUUCUUGACCUUUCAAAAUCACAUAUGAAGAGUCCGGUUGUGUCAGAAACAUUUAUUUUUAAUAAUGAUAACCCUUCCAAAUUUGGUGAAAAUAGAUAUGCUGUCCCUGAAAAUGUGAAGCAAAGAAAUGAAUUGUGUACAGGUUUAUCACAUCCAUCCUCUUUAUUGGUAAAGAACGGCAUGGUAGAAAAGUCUCCUUCAAAAUUGAUCUCUGAAGCCUGGGUGAAAAUGAAUCCUCAAAUGAAAGUGGCUGCAAAGUCAAGUGUUCUGUUUUCUCCAGACAAAUUCAGACUUCUUAAGCAGCCCCAUCAAGUUCAAUGUACUCUUAAAAGAAGGCACUCCUUUUCCACUCUUCCUAGUCAGCAGGUAUCAGUUGGAAUGCCUCUAAAUGAGUCAAGUGCUUUUGAAACUUUGUACAAGAAGCUGGUUAUGCAAGAUUCCUACCACAUGUUUUUACCCACACAUGCUAGACACCACCUAUCAGAGACUGUAAAUGCACUCAUUAAUUCACCUGGGUCAAUUAGAGGUAAACGAUUAGCAAGUGAAGAUUUCUCUGUAUCAAACUUUAAGAGGUCUCGCAUGUCUGGAUCUUUUGAACCCAUUAUUACAAACUCACAAUACCACUUUAGUCGGAAUUGGAAUAGCAAGCCCAGCUUUUCUCCCCAGAUGAAGAAUGGAUCAGACCUAGGGCAGUGUCAAGACUCCACAAGGCUAGAUAAGAAUCUGGUAAGUAAAACUGUGCUUUUAGUGAAUAUUGCUUCCUAUCAUUGCAUUGGGAAAAGCUUAGAUCCUUCACUGCCAUCACCAAUUAGAUUUUUUUUUUUUUCAGUUUCAUAUCUAGUUUUACAUUUUGACUUAAAUCACAUGCUUGACAUUUAACUAUUCAACUACUCGUGUACUUUUUUAAAUUCUGGCAAAUACCAGAACAUAUACAUAUAUAUAUAUAUAUCUCUUUAUGUUGUGGUAUUUGUCAGAAUGUUAAAAAGCUACUCUGUCGUCCAUAAACUGAUCGCUGUACAAAGUUUUUACUAUCCAAUUGGGUAGUUACUUUAUUUACAACACUAGCUGUUGUUGGCACUAGCUAGCCAUUCAUUCAUGUGCAUGUUCAUUUAGCUACCCUUGCUUACAAAUACACAUAGGUAUACAGUCACAAAAACAUGCACAGUAAUCCACCCAUAAAUACAUGGAUAUGCAUGCAAAAUGUAAACAGCCAUUCACAUACUCACAGACAGGCAUUCAGACACCUGAAAUUACGAUCAAAGGUAACUUAAAGGGGGAUUCUUAGCACCAUAACCAGUACAGCACUCUAGUAUUUAUGGGGCAUACUACACAGAUUUGCAAGCAGUUUGACACUUAUCUGGGUCUCCCAGGUGCCUGCAGCCUGACAAACUUCUUUAUAUAUGACUAGUGUGUAUGUUCCCCAUCUGCAUUAGAUAUACCAAUUUUGGCCCUAUUUGGAUGGAAAGGCCUGGAUGAGCCAAGCAUGUGUCAAAUAGUUUUACUGUUUACCCUGGAAUGACUCUAAGAGAUUCUUUGCACCACACUCACAACACAUUGUGGCAGGUAUGGUGCUUAAAUUGUCCCUUUAAGCACCUUAUUCACUGCAGCUCAUUGUAAUAGUUGUGCCCCCUUUUGCUGUGUCAAACCAUUCUUUAUUAGUUUGAAAAGAACAAGGCCACUAUUUGCCCUUAAAAGGCACUUAAAUGAUGUAUACGUGAGCAGCUUCUUUAUUGGUCCAAUUUUAGAUGGCAUUGAUAGGCUUUGAGUGUCAAUGAAUUAUAGUGUUUAGCGACUGGUAACUUUUUAAUUCUGUAUAUCCUCUCCCUGCAGCUCGCCGGUGUUGAAGGAUGAUACGAGAAAGGAGAUAGGGAGUUGUUGCAUUCUGUUCCUGGUAGUAGAAGGGAACUAGCUGUGUAUGCAUGUUGUUUCAUGUAACUAAGAUGGUCUCAGGGCUUCCAUGUAUUUCUGCAUGGUGUUUUGUAUUCCACUACUCUGUUGUUGAGUUUGGGGAUGAACAGUGGAGACCUUUUCAUCUCCACUGAGCAUAAACAAAUUCUUCACUCCAUACUUUAUUUUGCCGCCAUAGAUAAACCGUGCACGCCUAAAUUGAAAUAUGAGCUAAAGGCACACUAUAGGCACCAGAACAACUUUAGCCUAAUGAAACAUAUUGGUAAAUCUAUAUCAAAUGUAAAGUUGACUAGGCCAACUUGUAUGAGCUGUCAGCCAUAAAGAUCUAUAACAAGCACAAGAAAAUGUUAAUACAGGUUUAUGUAUUUGUGCAAACAUAAGAUUUGCAUACUCAAUUCACCCAUGUGUAUCCCCGUAGGAGUAUUCAUGAGGUUUCAUGUAUAAAGGCAAUAAAAGCAAAAAUAUACUAAAAUCAUAUUUAAACGCAUAUACAAUAUGCAUUAAAGUCAUUUUUAGAAAAUCUAGUUUUAGAUUCUUCUAGUCUGUCUUAUAAAAGUGCUAGAUAUUCUCACAUUAUCGGUAGUGGAAAGAAGAAUUUCCUGAAGACCUAGUCUGAUUGUGAUGAUUUGUAUAAUUCUUUAAUAUUAAGCCUGUACUUUAUUUAUUGUCAACUUUUUCCUGUGUAUGAUUUUGGUUUGCAGGGUGUUCGUUCUUUUUCGCCAAGGAUUAUGCAGUCUCGAAGUUCACCUUUAUCUGGUUAGUAAUUCUGCUAUUCUGAAAAUAUAUUAAACAUUUACAUGGAAAAUGAGUGGACCACAUGUUGUAAAGGGACACUCCAUGCAACCUGACCUAUUCUCCUUGACUAAGGAUUCACUGUCAUUUUUGCAAAUCAAGCCCCAAGUAUCUUUACAAAUUGUAAUACAUAUGGGAAUCUGUCCAAAUAUAUUAAAAGAACACUAUACUUUUGGGAAUACAAACCUUUAUUACUUUCUCUACAGUGUCCCUAUAUCUAACAAUCUAGGCAAGAUAUAUAUCAGAGUAUAUUAAUGAGGAUCCUGUAGCAAGAGAUAUGCAAAAGACGCGCAGAUAACUUUUAAUUGGAUGACUCAAGACAAGGUGCUACAGCAGUUAAAAUUAAUGUAAAUAAAGCUCAGGGGCCUGACUGUAUUUACCCACGAGUACUUAAAGAGCUAAGUGGGGAAAUAAGUGAACCUCUGUAUUUAAUCUGUCAAGAUUCUUUUGUUUCAGGAAUUGUACCGGCGGAUUGGAGGAAGGCUGAUGUCGUUCCUAUAUUUUAAAAGGGUUAAAAAUCCUUGCCUUAACUGUGAGCUUAAUUUCUGUGACUGGGAAAAUAUUUGAAGGGCUAUUAAAGAAUUCUUUUGGAUAUAUGAGGAAGGCUGAACUCUAUGGACGCAAGUCUCUUUUUAGCUAUGUAACUAUGGAAAUGGAAAAAGUGUAACUAGUUAGUUACAUAGUCUGAACUUGAUGGACACAUCUCUCUUUCCAGCCUUCCUCACAUUUGUUUUUGCUGUUGAUCCAAAAGAAGGCAAAAAAAACAGUUUAAAGCACUUCCAAUUUUGAAACAAACUAGGAAAAAAAAUUCCUUCUUUACCCCAGAAUGGCAGUCAGAUUUUAUCAUUCGAUCAAGAAGCUAUUACCCUACAUUGAAGAAUUAUAUCUUUGAAUAUUGUUUUUGCAAGUAUGCAUCUAGUUGCUGUUUAAACAUCUGUAUGUACUCUGAUAAAACCACUUCUUCAGGCUGAGAUUUUCAUAUCCUAAUUGUUCUUACGGUAAAAAAAAACCUUUCCUUUGCCUUAGACUAAAUCUUCUUUCUUCCAGUCUAAACGCAAUACCUUGUGUCCUAUGUAAAGUCCGGUUUGUGAAUAGAUUUCCUCACAAUGGUUUGUAUUGGCACUGGAUCUUUUUGUAUAAUGUUAUCAUAUCCUCUCUCCGAGGUGACAUUUUUCCAAACUAAAGAGGUUUAAAUUUGUUAACCUUUCUUCAUAGCUAAAAUGUUCCAUUCCUUUUAUUACUUUCUUAGCCUGCCUCUGCACUCCUUCUAGUGCCAUAAUAUCCUUCUUUAGAACAGGUGCCCAAAAUUGCACAGCAUAUUCAAGAUGUGGUCUUGCCAUCGAUUUAUAAAGAGGCAAAAUGAUAUUCUCAUCCUGAGAAUGAAUGCCCUUUUUCAUGCAUGACAAUACCUUACUGGCAUUAGCCACUGCUGAUUGACAUAGCACAUUGUUGCAUAGUUUGUUGUCUAUAACAAAUCCCAAGUCCUUCUCGUGUGUUGUCUUCCCUAAUUCGCUUCCAUUGAGGAUAUACGUUGCUUGUGCAUUUUUUAUGCUGAAGUGCAUAACUUCAAAUUUUUGUACAAUAAAUUUAAUCUGCCAUUUGAGUGCCAGGUCCCCCAGUCUAUGUAAAUCCCUCUGCAGCAAAGUAAUAGCUUGCUCACAUUGUAUUAUUUUACAGUGUUUUGUGUCAUCUGCAUACACUGAAAAAUGACUUUCAAUGUUUUUUUCAAGAUCCUUUAUAAACAUUAAAUAGAUGGGGUCCCAUGACAGAACCCUGAGGGACACUAAUUGCCACCUCUGUCCAAAUUGAAAAUUUACCAUUAAUGACAACUCUUUGUGCUCUAUUUUUAAGCCAAUGUUCUACCCAAGAACAAGAAUUUUCAUCUAGACUGAUUUCUUUGAGUUUGAACACUACUCUAUUGUGUGGAACUUUAUUUAAUGCCUUGGCAAUAUCUAAAUGGAUCACGUCCACUGCAACACCCUGAUCUAUACUUCUACUUACUUCGUCGUAGAAUGCAAUUAAAUUAGUUUAACAUGACCUGUGCUUCAUAAAACCAUGCUGAUAUUUGCUGAUAACCAUGUUCUUCUCAAGGAAUUCUUGAAUAUUAUCCCUUAUUUUCACGGGAACUAAAGGUGCAUUUAAAACUAAAGGAACAUUGAAAUGAAGUGGCCUGGGUGACUUUAGUGAUCUUUUAAGACAUUUGUUGAAAAUGUAUUGUUGUAUUUAAUUUGUAAGUAUCUUGAGAAGGAAGUUUUACAGGAUAAGAAAUACAAUACUUUACAUAAGUACUGUUAAACUGGGGAUAGGGAAGGUGGGCAAUUUUGUCUCUGGGUUCUAGGGAAUGUUUGAGGAGGGGGACUUUGAUGGGGGCCCAUCUCUACCCUCCCCAAGUUCCUGACAUCCUGAUAAAUAUCAUGCUGAUGGUUGCCACCAUGCAGAGGCAUGUUACCACCACCAGGCAAGGGAGGUGCAAACCACCAAUGGAACGCUCACUUAAAUUUACUGUGUUAUUAAAGCAAAAGCAAAAAUAGAGAUGGAAUUUUAAAAGAAUAUAAGGUGCAUGAUAUAAAAUUGUUUAAAAACAAUCCUAAAAUUUGCAGGAAUUCUACAGAUCACAUCUCAUAGAGCAUGGGUGGGGAACCUUUUUUCUGCCAAGGGCCAUUUGAAUAUUCAUAAAUCUGAGACUGUUCUCCGUGACAAACGAACACUGAAACAAUUUUACUUUGGCUGGUGCUAACAACUCCGCAGCAGCAACCUUGCACUCUUUCACAAACUUUCCCUCUACAUGAGGCCUAAACUAGCUCACUCACUACAUAACUUGUCUGAAUAAAGUUGUCUCUGUCACAACGAGGUCUAGUGAAACAGGCUUGUUGUGAUUCCAAACUCCGCUGAAGAGCAUUGAUUUUAUCCAGGCGCAAUUGGCCUCCCAAAAUGCAUGCCAACCGUAUAUGUUAUUGUGUCAUGGUAGAUACAAAAACACACGCUCAUUGGCGCACACAUAUGCUCAUUACACAGUCUGCAAUCCCCAAAACACAAUCUGCAAUCCCUCACCACCCCCCAAAAACACAAUCUGCAAUCCCUCAACCCCAAAAAAGCAUAAUGUAAUCCUCCCCCCUCCCCACACCAAAAGCAAGUGGUGGGGCAAAUUUAGAGUUAGGGGGUGCCCGAAUUUAGUCGUGCCUAGGGCAGCACAAAUACAGAAUAAACCACUGUCUGUAAUUCCACAAUACUAUAAUUCCCCACACAACACAAUCAACAAUCCCCACAAGACAAUCUGCAACCCCCCCCCGCCCCCCAGCACACUCAAAAACACAAUCUGCAACCCACUCCCCAGUCUACAAAACUCUUACCCUGCCCCAUUUUAAAAAGCAUUUCAAAUAGGAAAGUCAAGCACAGUAACUCACAAUAUUUGAUUAGAGCAGAGCUCCUAAAGAUGUUUGCUGCUGACAGGCCUCUCGUGCUUCUUAAGAUUUCCGCUGCUGACCGGUAACUGCCUCACUCAGACCCACAACAGUCAGAGCAGAUCCUUCUGCGCCGUCAGGACACACUGAAGGUGGAGUACGUUGGUAUGUGCCGCUGCGUGCCUUCACUGUCCUCCUCCACAUAAUAAAAUAGGGCAGCUGCCUGAAUUAAUUGCCUGCAGUGCCAUGUCGGACCAAAUGAUUUCUCCCCUCCCCUGUCAUAGUGGAUACAAGUUUUUCUUUGACUUAUGUAAUCAUUGACCAUUGGAAACAUUGCAUAGACAUUAUACUAGUGCAUUUACAAACUGAAUAGUUUACUGUGUUGCGGAGGGCUCUCUAUUGUGCAACAAUUCAGUAGAUCCACUAUGAGAUUAGGCUUUAGAGAGCCAUGAAAGUUUGUUCGCCUGUUUUGUUUGGUGAGAGAGUGAAUACUGAGUUUACUACAUAUCUAAGAGUAAUAUUUUAACCCUUUCCUCUGUCUUUGAAUAAGCAUUUUUUUUUCGUUUUUUUUUUUUUUUGCUUUAAGAACUGUACAGAGGAAGCCCAAAAAGUUUGAAGAUGAGCAGUCCGUCUAAAUCAGUGAAUGGUAUCCGCAAAAGGUAAUGUGAUCUCAUCAGAAUAAAACAUUAUUGGUUGAGCUUCUUAUGAAAGAUUAUCAUAAUCCGUAGAUUUAAAGGGACACUAUAGGCACUAAAACGGCUUUAGCUUAAUAAAACCAUUUUGGCAUAGAGCUCAUGCCCCUGCAGUCUUACUGCUCAACUCGUUGCCAUUUAGGAGUUAAAUCACAUUUGUUUAUCCAAAGCCUGCAUAAAAAAUUGUUUUAUUUUCAAUCAAAUGUUAACUUGCAUUAGAAGUUUGUAUCUCCUGCUCUGUAAAUUGAAUUUAAAUCCUGCACUGGAGGCACCUGCAGGGUCUAUAAGGCUAUUAUCAGAGCAGGAGAUAACACAUUCUAAACUAAACAGACUGUGUAAUAAAGGAAGUUUAAACACUAGAUCUUUCUUUACAGUAAGUGUUUAGGAAGCUGUGCAAAUCACAUGGAGGGAGGUGUGACUAGGCAUAUAUAAGAAAAGUUAUUUAACUCCCAAAACCACUUAAGUAAGCUAAAGAUGUUUUGUUGACUAUAGUGUCCCUUUAACCCCUUCCUGACCUUGGACAUGCAGGGUACAACCGACAAAAAAAAAAAGGCAGUUAAUGACCGCGGAUGUACCAUGCAUGUCCGCGGCUAAUAUGACCCGGCUAUUCACCUGGACCCGAGAUCCCAGCAGUCCCCCUGCAGCAGCUCCGGCCCUCCAGGGCCAUGUGAUCACCAUGAUCACAUAGCCACAAUGGAAGUCUAUGGAGCUGCCAGCAAGGGGGACUGUCUGAGCAAUUAGGCAGUCCCCCAGCCACCUAAAAUGUUUAAAAAAAAAAUAAAUAAAAUAGUUCAAUAAUUUUAUAAUAUAUUUUACAUAUAUAUGAUUGCAUUCUAAGUGUACUUUGAGACAUAUACACAUAUAUCUCAAAAUACAGUUAUAAUGUAAUACAUAUAUAGAAAAUAAAACCAAACGUAUUAUAUGUAUGUGUGUGAGAAACAAGGGGGCUGGCUGCACUCACCUGAACAUGCAUAAAUAGGGUGCUGCUGGGAGCCAAUUUAAUUUCAUUAGAACGCUAACUUUGGCCAGUGUUUGUGACUAAGUUUCUACUAGAAAAAACUGGUCAUACCCUAUUUGCAAUACCUUGGGUUGUCUACUUUUGCAAAUUUCAAUGAAUAGGGCAAGCCUUAUAUUUGACCCUGUAACUUUCUAUAUAUGUUGGAUAGUUUUGUUAGUUUUGUUUUUUUAAUGAUUUCUAUCCAACUGUUAUUUUUCACCUUGGGCAUGGAAAACUCAACUCUUAACAUAUUCUGGACAGCAAUAAUUGGCAGAGUGCAGGUUAGCCCGGCUCUCUCAGCAUCUCCAUAACAAAAUUACCAUUGAUAAUGCAGAAGAGUACAUUCCACAUUUUCCAUGUUGCUUGAGGAAUAAGGGCAGUCUCGGUCUUCCUGAGAGAAACAUUUGAGGGAAUGGUACCCAGAGAUUACCCCAUGCUGUAGCAGUUAUGUUUAAUAGAAUCUCUAUAUCAGUUUAGAGUUUCUUUAAGUUAACACUAGGAUCUGUAAAUGAAUCCAUUUCUAUCUUUAUUAUAUAUUGCUAAAUAAUAAUAUACAGGCAUUUUCUAUCAGAUGUUAACUUGCAUUGUGUGUGUGUGUAUGUAUGGGAAGUGGGAGAAUUCUAAUACGUUAUCUCUUAUUUUAGUGUCCACAGAAAGCUGAAUUACACAUAUGACUGCGGCUCUACUGCUGGGGAUGACACUGUGUUUUUCUAGUUUAGCGUAUUGCUGAAAUUUUCUUUUAUUUGAAGUAGGACGUGACUUAUUAUAUAUUUUUAUUUUUUUUACAGACCAUACUUCACUUAUUGCCACCUGUGUAUUAUUUUUAUUAUAAAAGUUUUUCUUUUGAAGAUUCUAGAUUUUAAAUUUUAACAUUCGUUAAUAUGCAUUGGUAUGUACUACAAUAUCAGAAUAAUUACUCAUUUGAUUGUGUUAAACCAAGAGCUUAACAAGAGAAUGUCAAAAAAAAAAAUCAUUGGAGGCAACUUGAGCUUAAAACACGCUAAUGAAUGUGUGUAUGUAUAUGUGUGUGUGUAUGUAUGUGUAUAUAUGUAUGUGUGUGUGUAUAUAUAUAU